AUGCACCUCCGUGACGUCCUUUCCGCGACUUUGGCUGCGGCACCGCUGGCAGUGUCCGCAGCUGGAACACUUGGCUUCGCCGUGGGAAACACCAACCCAGAUGGCACCUGCAAAGCCCAGUCCGACUUCGAAGCCGACUUCCAAGCGAUCUUGACCAACACCGAUGCUCAGCUAGUCCGAACCUACUCAUCCUCCGACCAGUAUGGCAACCCAUGCCAUACACCCUCACAAGUCCUCCCGGCUGCCAAAUCUGCAGGUAUUAAGGUGCUGUUGGGAAUGUGGCCUGAUGGUGGUGCCUAUGAUAAGGAGAAGGCAGCGAUUGAUGAGGCAGACCCCACGUCUUAUGGUGAUACACUGUACGGCAUCACCAUCGGCUCGGAGGGUAUGUACCGGGGUACCUAUAACGCCGAUGAUCUUCUGGGCUGGAUUUCAGACAUGCAACAGUCCUACCCCAACACCCAACUUGGAACUGCAGACAGCUGGAACUGUUGGAACAACGGUACCAUGGACUCUAUAAUCAAGAGCGGUAUUCAGCUAGUACUCGCCAAUGGCUUUGCCUACUGGCAAUACCAAGAUAUCUCCAAUGCAACAAAGACUUACUUUGACGACAUGGCCCAAGCCCUGGGCCACGUUCAAGAAGUCAGCGGCAGCCUGGACAAGAUCCAUUUCAUGAACGGCGAAACUGGCUGGCCUGGCACCGGAGGCACGGACGCCGGCGCCGCAAAAGCAGGCGACGACAACAUGAAGACGUAUUGGCAAUCCGCCGUCUGCGGUAUCCUGGACUGGGGCAUUGACUUGUUCUGGUUCGAGGCCUUUGACGAGCCUGACAAGCCUGAUGCGAUUGGCGACAACGGGCAAAAAGCGAGCGAGCAGCAUUGGGGUUCUUUCACCUCUGACCGGCAGCCCAAGUUCGACAUGCACUGCUAG